GAUGUGCCAGUGUCUGUGAUUGUAAUUGGUAACAAAGUUACAGGUACUGCUAACAGUACACUGUUAAUACGAGGAAAAGCUAAAUAUUAGAAGUUGAUGAAAGUCAAUAUGUAACUUUUUCCCAUGCGAAUUCGACUUACAGACCCCUUAGGGCGCACGGACCACAGGUUAAGGCCCCCUUGAAGGGGCAAGAGUUUGGGAGAAGCGCCAGUGUGGGUUUUCAGUCCUAGGAGGUGAGCCGAGGGGUAGGCACGCAUGGGCGCUCAGAAAAGGGAAGGCAGAGGCGCCUCUCCGGCUGGGCCUGGUUCACGCCCCUCCCCUCGCUUCCUUGGCCUGGUUUCGCGCGACUGGAGGAAGUUAAAGACCCGCGUGGCUGAAGAGGAGCUCACAGUUCCCAGCGUCUGCUCCGGCGGUGUCCAGCGCCCAGAAUGCGGCUUCUGGUCCUGCUAUGGGGUUGCCUGGUGCUCCCAGGUUAUGAAGCCCUGGAGGGCCCGAAGGAAAUCAGUGGGUUCGAAGGGGACACUGUGUCCCUGCGGUGCACCUAUAGGGAAGAGCUGAGGGACCACCGGAAGUACUGGUGCAGGAAGGGUGGGCUCCUCUUCCCUCGCUGCUCUGGCACCAUCUAUGCGGGAAAAGAAGGCCAGGAGACGACGGAGGGCAGGGUGUCCAUCCGUGACAGCCGCCAGGAGCUCUCGCUAAUUGUGACACUGUGGAACCUCACCCUGCAAGACGCUGGGAAGUACUGGUGUGGGGUCGAAAAACGGGGCCCCGAUGAGUCUUUACUGAUAUCUCUGUUCGUCUUUCCAGGACCCUGCUGUCCUCCCUCCCCUUCUCCCACCUUCCAGCUUCUGGCUACAACACGCCUGCAGCCCAAGGCAAAAACUCAGCAAACCCAGCCCCCAGGAUUGACUUCUCCUGGGCUCUACCCAGCAGGAACCACAGCCAAGCAGGGGAAGACAGGGGCUGAGGCCACUCCAUUCCCAGGGACUUCCCGGUACGGGCACGAAAGAACUUCUCAGUACGCAGCAACCUCUCCUCAUGCAGCGACCUCUCCUCCUGCAGGGAGCUCCCGCCCCCCGAAGCAGCUGGACUCCACCUCAGCAGAGGAUGCCAGUCCAGCUCUCAGCAGCGGCAGCUCUAAGCCCAGGGUGUCCAUCCCAAUGGUCCGCAUACUGGCCCCAGUCCUGGUGCUGCUGAGCCUUCUGUCAGCCGCAGGCCUGAUCGCCUUCAGCAGCCACCUGCUCCUGUGGAGAAAGGAAGCUCGACAGGACAUGGAGACACAGAGGAACGAGAAGGUCUACCUCUCACACUUGACUACAGAGGAAGAGGAAGCCCCUUCCCAGGCCCCCGAGGGGGACGUGAUCUCGAUGCCUCCCCUCCACACAUCUGAGGAGGAGCUGGGUUUCUCGAAGUUUGUCUCAGUGUAGGGCAGGAGGCCCUCCUGGCCAGGCCAGCCGUGAAGCAGUGUGGCUGGCUGGAUCAGCACUGAUUCGCGAAAGCUUUCCACCUCAGCCUCAGAGUCCAGCUGCCUGGACUCCAGGCUCUCCCAGCCCUCCCCAGGCUCUCCUCCUGCAUGCUCCAGCCUGACCUAGAAGUGUUUGUCAGCCCCGAAGCCCAGAGCGGUGGCCUUGCCCUUCCAGCUGGAGACUGGGACAUCCCUGAUAGGUUCGCAUCCCUAGGCAGGGCACCAGGCUGCUGACCCUCAGCAGGGCCAGGCAAGGCUCAGUGGAUCUGUCCUGAGCUUCUAUCUGCCACAAACUCUCCUGGGCCUCAUGCCCAGUGUCAGACCUGCCUUCCUCCCGCUCCAGACCCCACCUUGUCCUCCCUCCCUGGCGUCCUCAGACUCAGUCCCAUGGUCUCCUGCAUCAGCUGGUGAUGACGAGGAGCAUGCUGGGGUGAGACUGGGAUUCUGGCUCCUCUUUGAACCCCCUGCAUCCCAGCCCUUCAGGAAGCCUGUGAAAAAUGUGACUCCUGGGCCAACCAAGACCCACCAAAACCAUCUCUGGGACUUGGUGCAGGACUCUGAAUUUCUAACAAUGCCCAGUGACUGUCGCACUUGAGUUUGAGGACCAGCGGGCCUGAUGAACGCUCAGACCCCUCCAGCUUAGAGUCUGCAUUUGGGCUGUGACGUCUCCCACCUGCCCCCAUAAGAUCUGCUCUGUCCAUGACACCAUGACCCAGCUGGGCACUCCCCUGAGGCCUGCCUAAGUCCAAGCCUGGAUCAGGUCAGGUGCACAUUGCAGGGAUAGCCCAGGACCAGCAGAGAGUGGUUGCUUUCCAUUCACCCUCCCUGGCCAUGCCUUCUUGCCUUUGGAAAAAUGAUGAAGAAAACCUUGGCUCCUUCCUUGUCUAGAAAGGGUUACUUGCCUAUGGGCUCUGGUGGCUAGAGAGAAGAGUAGGAAACCAGAGUGCAUGUGGGUGUCUAACACGGAGGAGAGUAGGAACAGGGCGGAUACCUGAAGGUGACUCCGAGUCCAGCCCCCUGGAGGAGGGGUCAGGGAGUAGGGGUAAAGUAGCACAACUACUGGUUUUUUUUCUUUUUCUAUUAUUAUUGUUUUUUAAGACAGAAUCUCGCUCUGCCACCCAGGCUGGAGUGCAGUGGCACGAUCUGCAACCUCCACCUCCCACGUUCAAGCGAUUCUCCUGCCUCAGCCUCCCGAGUAGCUGGGAUUACAGGCACGCACCACCACACCUGGCUAAUUUUUGUAUUUUUAGUAGAGACAGGGUUUACCAUCCUGACCUCAUAUGAUCCUCCUGCUUCAGUCUCCCAAAUUACUGGGAUUACAGGCGUGAGCCACCGCGCCUGGCCUUAUUUCUUUAAAAAGUGAAAUUAAGAGUUAUUCGGUAUGCAAAACUUGCAAAGAUGGAGAGGAAAAAGAAAAGGAAGAAAACAUGUCACCCAUUGUCUCACCAGAGACUAUCAUUAUUUCAUUUUGUUGUAUUUCCUUCCACUCUUUUUUCUCCACAUAAUUUGCUGGUGUUCUUUUUACAGAGCAAUUAUCUUGUAUAUACAACUUUGUAUCCUGCCUUUUCCACUUUAUUGUUCCAUCACUUUAUUCCAGCACUUCUCUGUGUUUUACAGAACUUUUUAUAAAUAAAAUGUUCAUCAGCUGC